AUGAGAGGGGAACUGUGUCUCAGCACUCACUCUUGUGAGCACAGGAUGCUGAGCUCUCCGGAUGUGGGCUGCCCCAGGCUGGGGCUGGGGAGGCCUCUGGGACCCAGCCCAGCCCCGGCUCGCUCCCCAGAUCGCCCAGCCAGUCACUACCGCGUGUACCAGAAGCAGCACCGGUUCAACAGCAACCCCCACUGGGACUUCGGGGCCUUCAGGAGGCUCGGCCACCUAGUGCGAGAGACUCAGGUCAACUUCUCCAGGUUUGUCCACCAGUUCUUAGAUCCGGGCACAUACGUGUUUCGAGACAAUGCACUUCCCGAGAGCAUUGUGGUGGUGUCGGUGAAAGAGAAGGGGAUAGCCUGUGGCCCUGGCCUGUCCUCUGUGCAGCCCUGCUCCCCGUACCAGCUCUCCAGGCAUGGCAUCGUCAGGCACAGGCUGCCAACUCUGGGCCCAGACUGGGCAGUGAUCACAGGGGUGCUGCUGGCUGUUGGCUUGGCAACUGCGCUGCUGACAGGCCUGGGCCUUGUGCUGAGCCCCCCACUGGCCCAGACCUGCCCCGUCAGAGCUUGGAGACUCCGGGAGAGGGGCCUCAGGGAGCCUCACGUGCCUGCUGACUGCGUGCGUCUCCGGGACAGCCUUACCGUCCGUGAAGACCUCGGUCCUCAGGGCUCUGGGGAAGGAGCCAGCUGCAGGCAGGGAGCCGUUCCCCGGGACACAGGGGAGCCACACCCUGUGAACACCCUAGAGGACUUCAGCGUCCGCACACUCUAUGACAAGCUUGAGGACCAGAGCCUGCACUUGGUGGCCCAGCUGAGCAAGCACAGGAGCGACGCACUGGCCUUCUACAGGGGCGCCAGCCAGCAACUCCAGGGGCUCAAGUUCAGCCCCAAUUCCCAGACAACCAAGCCACUAUCAUCCCCACUGCCCUGGGGAACAGCCACUCAGCCCCAUCUGGAAAUUGCCUGAGCCAAGAAGGACACUCAUAAUGCAGCCCUGGUUCUUCCAGGACUUUCUGCAGGGCCUCAGCAUGACCGAGCGGCAAGAUAUGGGCAGAGGUGGAGACCUGGAGAUGGGAGCCAAAGCCACUGCCAGGACAGACACUGGGCAGAGAGAGGAAUGGUGCAGUGGUCACACUGCGGCUUCUCCAAGGGUGCGCUGGCAGCAUCCUCUAGGUGAGAGGCAGGGCCUCGGGGUGGGGCUGUGACACUAGCUGGAAAGUCACAAUAUUAACUCUAACUUUGUAGAGCGCCUGACUGUGCAUCUCACAUUUACCAUCUCGCCUGGUGUUCAGCACUCCUGUGCAGUAACUGACAGCAUCGACCCUGAUCACAGAAGACUGUUCUGGGCCCAGGGAGGGGCGUGAUUUGCAAGGGAGGGGAGACUCCGAUGCCUCAUGUCAGAGUGAGGUCUGGCCCAGCUCUCCUGCUGCCAUGCCCACCGCCGUGCUCUAGGGCUGGCCUUGUGCAGGGCGCCAGGGUGACAGGGGCCCAAAGGCUCUUGGCAGUCUCCCUAGUUUAUACUUUAGCUUUGUUUUUCUAAAUGGCAAAAGUCAUACACACCCCUUACAGUUCCAUUAGUGCAGAAAGUAUAUAAAUGGGAAGCUGGAAUCCACUUGCCCUGGCAGCCCGGCAGCCCCACAGGUCUGUAAGCGAAUAUUCUGAACGUUCAUUUGCUCUUUUGUGAACCCCAUGGAAGGCCCCUCCCACAACAGCUGAUUCUCUGAAAUGCUCCUGCCCCCAGGUGACUCUAGAGCUUUUCCAGGUUGUCGAGGCUUCUUCCUGCAGGACGUGGGGGUUGAGCUUCACUGCAGGGAAGCAUGUGUUCAGUGCCCACUGAGGCUCCCAGAGUGUGGCAGGACGGGGAUGGUGUGGAGGGACAUCCCUGGCCGUCUGCAUGCUCUCUGGCUUCAGCCAAACUCAGAGAUUACAGAGCCCAAAACCAGGCAUCACCCUGGGCAGUUCUGGCGGACGACAGCUGUGGGUGUGCAGUCCCCCAGCUACCCCUAAAUGGCCCUCACGUCCACAUGUUUGGGCCACUGAACAAAGCACAGCUCCGACUGCCAUGGAGGGUGACCCUGCCUUCAUGUUGUAAGUGGUCUGAGUCCGUCACCCCCCUUUGCUUCUGGCCCCUCUCCCACCCUGUGAGUGCCCAGCAGGGGCCAGCCUGGGGAGGGAAGGGCGUCCGCAGCUGCUGUGUGCAAGGCCGUGUCAUAGUCCCCGCAGGCAGGGAAGUCCAGGACUUAGGGCUCUGUGGUCCCCUCACCCAGCAACUCUGACCAGCCAGUCCCACCCUCAGCUCCCACUGGCAGCGGCUGCACACUGCCGGAGACUCUGCAAGCCCCUCCUGUGCUCUGAGACAGGGGGAGCGUUCGUGCCUCCCUGGCCAGGAUCUGUGGGCGCUGGAGGAGACUGUUCCCUUCUAGGAACAAACAGCCGUGCGCUCAGCAAGGACUCCCCAGCCCCAUAGCGUGAUCCGUGAAGGCCUAACCUCAAGGCAGGAAAAUCCAAGGUCGUUGCCGCAGGUCAUCCAUGUUUGAAUCCACACCUCAGCAUAAAAACAGCUGAUCUUCCGUCUCCUGGAGCAGCUUGUCAGACAGCAGAUUGUUGGCUUCUUAGAAACCAGUGGGUUGCAACUAGCAUUAAAAAAAUAAACUAGAAAGGAAUAAAAUUGAAACUGUUGGAAGUAACACAUGUAUAAAGCUAGUCUUGCUUCCCGCAGCUCUCCUUGCUGUUUACACACACACACAGGAAGGUAGGAGCGAUGAAGUCUUAGUGGGUUUGGUUCAGAAGUUUGGAAGCCACUGUCUGGGAGGAAGGCUAAUGGUAGGAGAGCCUGCCCCUCGGUUCUGUGCACAGCGCCCUGGGGCUCUUGGGGGCUCUGAGACCCCAGAUUCGGAGGGCGCUGUCCUCUGCAGCCCCGCGCUGUUGUAAACUCUGGGCAACCGUUACCUCAUUUAACCCACUCAGUUGUCACGGGAAACCUCUGUGUGAUAUUGUCAUCAUCUCCAUUUUAUAAAGGAGGGCACUACGACCUAAUGAGGCUAAAGUUCCCACCCAAAGUCACACAGAGAGUGACGGAGCCAGUCCUGAUCUCUGCUCCAUCCCUGACGCGCCCAUAUGCCCCUAGCUAAAGGGCAUAAAGGAACUCAGCUCACUAGCCCAAGGGCCCGUCACUCACCACCAGGCUCCAGUUCCCGGAGCCCGGGAACAGUCCUUCCCACACAGCUCCCUGGCCCUUUUGGGGAGGCAGGCUGGCCAGCCCGGGCUGGGGUCUCAUCCCUUGUUCCUCAGUGUAGAUCACUCUCCACACAGGGGUGUUUGGGGCUGAGGUCCAGGCACGUGUGUCACUUUUUGCAUGAGUGCAGUCCUGGAAUAAGGGGGCCAUCUGUCCUCCUCAGCCUUCCAGAUCCCAGCCCCAGGGAAGAAGAGUCUGGGAACAGGUCAGACAGAUGCCAGAGGCCCUCCCUGGUUUGUGUGUAUGUGAUGAAUGUGCAUGUGUGCAUGUGUGUGAGUGUGGUGUGUGCACGUGCCUAUGUGUGCAUGUAUGUGGUAUGUUUGUGUGUGUGGUGUGCAUGUUUGUGUGUGGCCUGUGGAACCCUGGAGACCAAGCCAUGAUGCCAAGAACCUUCCUUGAUCUUCUCUCCAAACCAUUCCCCCUUCCUAAAUUUCUCGGCCAUACACUUCUAGGCUGGGACAUGUGGCCAAGUGAUCAUGAGUAAGAGAAGGACAAAGAAAGCUGCUUUCCUCUGAAAUUCACCUGAGACUAAGCUGUAAACCUCUGUGUCCUGAAGACCCUCUCCAUGGGCGCAGAGGGAGCUGGGUGUGGAGGGCUGAGUGAAGCCUACUCCAUUCCCAGCUACUGCUAACUAAAGCCAACGAUUUCAACUUUUUCUUUGUGGGGGGCACUUUUUUCCAAAAAAGUUAUGUGAUGAAGUUUUGGCAAAUUAAAAAGAAAA